AGAGCUUUAGUGUUUGUAGAUAGAAAAAGUAAACCAUCAAGGAAUUCAGACCACUAAGUACUUGUAACUUGGACCAACUUGAGUUCUGACUUAACAGAUCAACUGGCAGCAGAAAAUGAAAAGUAGUGUGGCACAGAUCAGGCAUUCUUCUGGUCAUGACAAAAGAGAAAACUAUAAUUCUUACCAGAGGACCUCCUCCCCUGAAGACAGAUACACAGAACGAGAACGGUCCCCCCAGGAUAGAGAUUACUUUGAUUACAGCAGGUCAGACUAUGAACACUCAAGAAGAGGACAUUCUUAUGAUGGUGUGGAUUCCCGAAGCAGGGACCAAGAGAAACGCAGAGAGCAAGAGAGAGAGAUGGAGAAGAAGAGGUCCCGGGAAUCCCCAUCUCCAGGGAGGAGGAGCCCAGAUGCCUCAGCACACCAGGGUUCAACUCAGGAUGAGUCUGCUGCAAAGAAGAAGAAAGACGAGCUGGACCUGCUCCUUACCCACACUGGUGGAGCAUACAUUCCUCCCGCCAAGCUCAGGAUGAUGCAGGAGCAGAUUACAGAUAAAAACAGCUUAGCAUACCAGAGGAUGAGCUGGGAGGCCUUAAAGAAGUCAAUCAAUGGUCUUAUCAACAAAGUCAACAUUUCCAACAUAAGUAUUAUUAUCCAAGAGCUUCUUCAAGAAAAUAUAGUCAGAGGAAGAGGACUACUGUCCAGAUCUGUGUUACAAGCCUAGAGUGCAUCGCCCAUCUUCACACACGUCUAUGCAGCCUUAGUGGCGAUUAUCAACUCAAAGUUUCCACAGAUUGGGGAGUUAAUCCUAAAGAGGUUAAUUCUUAAUUUUCAAAAAGGCUAUCGAAGAAAUGAUAAGCAACUUUGUCUGACUGCUUCAAAAUUUGUAGCACAUCUUAUUAACCAAAAUGUGGCGCAUGAAGUUCUAUGCUUAGAAAUGCUCACUUUGCUUUUGGAAAGACCAACAGAUGACAGUGUUGAAGUGGCUAUUGGUUUUCUCAAGGAAUGUGGCCUCAAAUUAACACAAGUGUCCCCAAGAGGAAUCAACGCAAUCUUUGAACGCCUUCGAAACAUUCUGCAUGAAUCUGAAAUUGACAAAAGAGUUCAGUAUAUGAUUGAAGUGAUGUUUGCUGUACGGAAGGAUGGAUUCAAGGACCACCCAGUCAUCCUGGAAGGACUUGACCUCGUUGAAGAAGACGAUCAGUUCACUCAUAUGCUCCCCUUGGAGGAUGACUACAAUCCAGAGGACGUUCUCAAUGUGUUCAAGAUGGAUCCUAAUUUUAUGGAGAAUGAAGAAAAGUACAAAGCUAUUAAGAAAGAAAUACUUGAUGAAGGAGACAGUGAUUCAAACACAGACCAAGAGGCAGGAAGUAGUGAAGAGGAAGAAGAAGAGGAAGAGGAAGAAGGAGAAGAAGAUGAAGGACAAAAAGUAACUAUUCAUGAUAAGACAGAAAUUAAUCUAGUCUCAUUUCGUCGUACAAUAUAUCUUGCUAUUCAGUCAAGUUUAGAUUUUGAAGAAUGUGCUCACAAAUUGCUGAAAAUGGAAUUUCCUGAAAGUCAAACAAAAGAACUCUGCAAUAUGAUACUUGAUUGCUGUGCCCAACAGAGGACAUAUGAGAAAUUUUUUGGUUUAUUGGCUGGGCGAUUUUGCAUGCUGAAAAAAAAAUACAUGGAAUCUUUUGAAAGUAUAUUCAAAGAACAGUAUGAUACCAUUCAUCGCCUAGAAACAAACAAAUUGAGGAAUGUUGCGAAGAUGUUUGCUCACCUCUUGUACACUGACUCACUUCCGUGGAGCGUUCUUGAAUGUAGAAAGCUGAGUGAAGAAACCACUACAUCAUCUAGUAGAAUUUUUGUCAAAAUAUUUUUCCAGGAACUGUGUGAAUACAUGGGUCUUCCUAAACUGAAUGCAAGAUUGAAGGAUGAAACCCUACAGCCGUUCUUUGAAGGAUUAUUACCCCGAGAUAAUCCAAGAAACACUCGGUUUGCCAUCAACUUCUUUACCUCUAUAGGUCUUGGAGGUUUAACGGAUGAAUUGCGUGAGCAUCUCAAAAACACACCGAAAAUUAUCGUGACCCAGAAACCAGAUAUUGAACAAAGCAAAUCCUCGCUGCGCUCUUCAUCUUCGGAGUCCUCCUCGGAUUCUGACUCUGCAGACUCCAACUCUGACAGCAGCGAGAGCAGUUCAGAGUCGUCCACUGCGGACAGCGGCUCUUCGUCUUCCAGCAGCCGUAGCUCGGCCUCAGCUAAAGAUAUGAGAAAGAAGGGACACAGGAAGACCAGAAGUAAAGAUGGAGAUAAAUCAGCCAGGAGCCAACAAACAAAUGAGAGGAGACAGGAGAAAAGAAGGGCCGAGCGCAAGCACCAGGACGCAAGGUCUGAGAGGGACCGGAGAUCAGAAAAACACAGAAGUCAAAAUUCAAGAGAUCAAAACUGGAGAGAUCCUGUAGCAAAGCACACAUCAGACAGGAGGAGCAUCCUUGCCGAAGGAAACAGUCACGAUCGCUAUGGGAGUGACCGAGACCAAGAAAUGUGCAUGGACUGGGAGAAUUGGCAUGGCGAUCCCGAAAAGAAGAGAGGGGAGAGAAGGAAGAAUUUUUCAGAAAAUGAGAAUUACAGACUCCGAAAUCAGGACAGUGAAAAUUCUAGAAGAUCAGAUAGAUCAAAGUCAAGAGAGAAGAAUAGGAAACAUGCUAGCUCUAAGAGCGAGGAAGAUAGGUAUCAGAAUGGAGCUGAAAGACGCUGGGAAAAACCAAGCAGAUACUCUGAGCGCUCCAGAGAGUUAGAGAAACAUCAGGACCGGAGAAGAGAAAAGUAGUUCUACAAAACAACAUAACUGAACAUGCUUUCUAUUCAGUUCAAAGUAUUUUUUCCAUUAUUGAACUUUAUAGAGCU